AUGUCGAAGGUGCCCGCCAAACCACUGUCGCGCAAGGAACAGAUGGAGGGAAACUUGGACCUUUGGUUCGACCAAGCGAACUCUGUGGACCUGCGGUCCGCCGACGCGACCCAAGAUGUGGUGGAGGAGAUCCGAGAAUUGCUGGUCAGAUAUGGUGCUCUCAUCGGCCUUCCGACGGGGACGACGCUCGAGCCUAUGUGGGCGUCUUUGCGGCUGAACGAUCUCAUGGAGGUGGUCAAGGGGAAAUCGUUCAACAAAGGCACGCUCGCGUGGGUCAAGCGGGAAUGGCCGGAACUCCUGCAAGGUGGCUACAGUAGGUGGCCCGGGAGCCGACUGUGGAAGGACGUGAACCGCGGUGUCGACGAUCCAAUGGCAGACGAUCAGCUCGACAACGAGGGCAACAACGAAGGUCAGUCUGGCAGCGAGGACGACGGAGUGCCGGGGAAUGGAGGAGAAGACGAGGACGAAGCUGAGCAGGACGAGCUAGAGCAGGACGAUGAUGAAAACGUCGGGGAGGAUGAGGUGCAGUCUCCGCCUCGGAAGUCUCAGCAGGCGAAGACCAAACGCGCGUCGAUCCUCGCUGAGUCGGCAAAGGAAGGGAAUAAGACGAAGGCAGAGCAGUACCGCAAGCAGCUCAAAAAGUGCGACUACUGUCGGACGGCUACGAGGGCUGUGAGACCGUGCGUGUUGGAGAAGGGCGGGGUAGCCUGUGGUACUUGUAAAACCGCAGGAAAGGGGUGUUACUACAACGGAUACUCCCUAACCGGAACGCAGAGCAAAACCGUGAACGUCCCCGCCGCGUCGAGCACUAAGGGUAAGAGAAAGGCCCCGGAGGAAGUGCAAGUUGUUCCCGGCAGCCGAGCUACGCGUCGCACGUCGACCGCGGCUGCAAAGGCCAAGCCGGUUCAUCGAGCGCGACGAUCGCAGUCGAUCGCCACCGUGGUCGAUGCAGAUGAAGAAGACACGGCUCCUACGACGGUGGUCUCAACCAAGGAGACGAGGAGUCUGCGUCCCAAACGCGAACUGACGGACUCGGUGGGAGACGCGCCGCGCAGGAAGCGGGCGAAGCCUGACGACAAGCCUGCGCCCACCGGUGAGGGCAAGAGGCUUCGCUCGUCGACAUUGGCGUCGACACGAUCGUCGUCGCAGACGGUCGUGACUCCAUCGUCUGACGUAGAGACUGGGGGACCGCUCCCUCACGGGUCGCCUGGUAGCGAGACCCAGGUGUCGGGAUUCGGCGCCCUAAACGUCGAUGAAGAUGUCGAAUCUGAUGGUGGGUCUGACAGCGGGUUGGUAGGAUCGUUGAGUGGGGAACCGCCCGACAUUGCAUCGCUAGAGUAUGUCGUCAGGCACAUCGAAAGGGAGCGCGACACGCUUUCCGGUCAGGUGAUCGCCCUGCAGGCGACGCACGCCUUGCUUACACAAAACCUGCAAGAGGCCAAGAAGCGACUGCGGGAUUUACGCA